UCUCAGCAGUCACCCCUCCGCAUUUCUUUCUCCAAAUCCAAAAGACAAGGAUCAGUCACGUGUCUUGGAAAAGGAGUUUCCAAGCGAGGGAAAAGCCCACCGGCUUCCCUCCUGAACCCUCCCAGCUCCCCGCCGGCGGUCACACCUUUCACCGGCGAUGUCGGCAGCCACUCCAGAUGGCCCUCCCUCGUCGCAGCGUCCCCCGCCGCCAACCGUGGAAUCCGUCCUCCAAAUGGCCUCCCGCGACCCCUCUGCGGCGGUGCCCCUCCUUCCCGCUCUCCCGCCCGACGCCCUCGCCGACCUCCUCUACUCCCUCUCCGCCGCCUCACCACCGAACCACCUCUCCCUCCUCCCAGCCCUGCUCUCCCUCUCGCCCACCUCCGCCGCUGCGUCCGCUGCCUUCUCCUCCCUCCUCAACGCGCCAAGCUGGCCCUCCCCGACCCUCCUCGCCGUCGCCUCCCUCCUGCGCGACCUCCCCGCGCCUUUCCGCUCCAACGUCCCCGACUGCCUCGCCAAGAUCCUCUCCCUCCUCCCUAGAGCCGAAGCCCAGGACCUCCCCGCCCUCGCCUACCAGCUCCUCCUCCUCGCCUCCAAGCCGCUCCACCCCCGAGCAGUCCUCGCCGGUCUCCUACGUUUCUUCGGCGGUCACCACGGCGCCCGCAUGCGUGCACCGCCGUCCAUCGCUCGCCAGGUAGAGGGCACCGUGCUGAUGCACAUUGCCUUCGCAGUUAAGCAGGACCCUGCACUGGCAAGGGAGAUAGUUGCCGCGGUCAAGGCCGACGCGGUGGGCGCUCUCAAUGGGUUCGCGGUGGCGGUACUGCUGUCCGUGGCACGCGUGCGGAGGUUCAAUGACGGUGCUGUUGGCGUGCUCCGGGACGCUGCCACUACGUCGCGCCGAGAUUAUCAGAUGUCAAGGCGCUGCAAGUGGUUGCCGGAUCGCCUGAAAGAGGAGUGCGCGAAGGCUACUCAUUCCGUCGAGAAGGCAUUGCUGAAAGCCGUCGAUGAUAGCAUUGGUGGGAGGGAGCAUGUAGUUCCCAGCAUCGUUCAGGUAGGCUUUCUCCUGUUAGAAGCCUCAGAUGGUGAUCGAGGGGAGGAAGAUGGCUCAGACGAAGGGGUUAUGAGCACUGAAGAAGUUGGUGUUAAUAUGCUCAAGUCAUUGUUUGAGAUCCACCAAAUGGCACGAACUGAGAUAAUCGAACAAUGCAAGUUCCGGAUUCUGUCGGCAAAGCCUCAACAAAGUGCACCAGUUCUUAGGUUGAUUGGAUGCUUAGUUCAGAGUCAUCCAUUUCCAAUGCUAGAAUAUGUUGCGCACCUGAAGGAGUUGCUGGACUUUUUUGCCUUCAUGAAUGACAAGGUAUCGACUGGUCUGAUCAAUUGCAGCUUGCCACUCACAAAGUUUAACCAUGAUCUCAAGGAUUACAUAAUAUUGGUUGUAAGGAAGGCAAUGUUCAAGAGGGAGGAUGCUGUCCGGAUUGCUGCUACAAAUGCUAUAGUUGAGCUGAUUGUUACAGAAAGCAAGUAUAGGAAAAAUGAUGCUAAUCCUUUUCAAGACUCGUCAAGUCAGGCGAGCUCUAGCCAGCAACCUGAAAUACAUCGAGAGGUUUGUGGAGAUCUCUUUCAAGAACUAAGUGGAUUGCUUCGCAGGUGUCUCUCUCAGCAGGCUAGCGUCAAAGAGGCCUUGUAUAAGGGUCUCAUACGAAUUGUUACCUUUGAUCCAGUUGUUGCAGACAAUGUCCUUGAUUUCCUGUGGCCCCAUUUCCUAAACUAUUACGCGGAGGAUGCAGAAUGCCCCCUUAAAAUAAAUUCAUGCUUUAAAGUCGAGAGUGCCACAGUAUGCAUUGUGGAACCUUUAGAUUGCUUACUGUCAUGUGUCUCGUGCAUUCUUCGAGUUCAGCAAAAUAGUAAGUGUCCACGACCACGUGACGCAUAUUGGAAGUGCUUUGGAUUUGCUCCUUCACAGGAUAAUGAGGUUGGAAGAUCUUCGUCAAGAGAUUUGUUCGUGAGAGCAUUAUCAAAUAUCCAAAAGUACUUGAGGAAAUGCCUCACAGAAGAUCAACGAGAGCAGACGCAAGAAGCUGGUUCUGUUUCUUCAACUUUGGAGAUGGCUCACUGUUAUAACAUUGCUAUGCCUGGAAUCAUUGAGGUUUUUGUUGAUUUUGCUGCUUCAAAACUAGAGGAAGGUGCUGAUGAACCAAAGGAAAAGUUAGAAAAAGAAAUACUGGAGCUCGUUGAUGCACACAGUGGCUUUGAGAAGAAAACAAGCAAGAGCAGGGAGAAAAUUGUACGAAGAAGAGGGGAUCCAAGUGGUUCUAUAGAUAAACAGACCAAUGAAUCCAAAGAAAAUCCAAAUGCUUCUUGGCUGAAAUUACAUGAAAAGAAGGGGAAAUUUGUGAAUUCAAGUUUAUAUGAACUUGCAGUAAUGUGUGUCAAACAUUGCGAUGCUGAUAAAUAUGAUAAAUGCAGUCAGCGUCCUAGCCAAUCUAAAUUUUACCAGUGCUCCACUCUAUUAUCUUUUGUACUGAAAGCCUGUCUAGAAAUGUUCAAAUCACAUACAGCAAAGCAAAGUGAGCCGACUAUUGGAAAUCUAAGAACAAUGCUGUAUGAAGAUGUGAAGAGGUUAGGGCAGCCAAUAGUUAAGCUCGUAUGGUGGCUUAUCUUAGAUUCAAAGCAAGAGAAUGGUGGAUUCAAGAAGAACAUGACCCAAGGGACAAGAACAGUUCAAAACAAAAGGGAUCAAUUAUAUCUGGCAUUGAGGUGCUUUAAAGAACUGUUUAAACAAAGUGUAUCAGAAGAUCGUUCAAGUGAUAUUAUUGAUCUUCUGAUAUCUUCAGCUCCGUCAAAUAUAGAGGAUAUCAUGAAAGCUGACCAGCUUCCUGACAAUGAUGCCACUAUGACUGAGGAUCCAGAAAAAAGAGGUGCCCGUGUGUUUCUGAACAUACUGAAGAUGUUAUAUGCGCGAGCUCUGUCCCAAUCCCUUUUGCUUGAAUCUGAGGCUCUGACUGAACUGAUUUUUGGUAUAUCAAGGAAACUGCAUCCUGAACAAAGGCAUCUUAUUGGACAUUGGGCUGCAGGCUUAUGCAGACAGAAAACUGUCCAAAGCCCAAGCGCUGCACAAGCGGUGGUAAAGCUUGCUGUCGAUCUUAUGACAGCCCCGGAUGAUAUGAUUCUUGUGCAUGAGAUGACAACAGAGUUGAAGAAAUUAAUAGCCUCUGGAGACGAGGACUCUAGAGAUUCUUCGGAGGCAUUUCUUAUUGUCAAUAUUAAAACAAAGAAUUCACUUGCUGCUCUGUUCCUUCAUAUGGUUGAAUCAUCUCUUAUUGAACUGGACUGGGGUCUUGGUAAGCUCAAGGCAAUGCUCAUGUCAGGUUAUGGUUCUUCUAAUGUUGAUGACGAUCAGCCAGCAGAGGAAAGGAUUCAAAAAGUGUAUUUGGAGGAAGCACUCUACUCAAGAUCAACAUCAGUAGUUCAUGUCCUUUCGUCUUUCACACAUAUGAGCCUCAAGGAUUCUCAAGCAGAACAGUUUCUGAAACUAACAGCAAAGUUUUAUAAGCUUUUGGCUCGCAUGUCAAAGUCUCAGAUAGCGCCUAAGGGCUACAGGCAGUUCAUACCGGGUCUCAAAUUUCAGAAACUGGCAGAAGUAACUUGCAGGAUGCUUACUGCCCCGCUUUAUGAUUUCGUCUGUUCACUUCAAGAGAAUCAGCAAGCAUACAAAAAAGUGGUCCUGGCCAGGAUUAAAAGGGAGAGCAAAUGCAUUCCUGAUCUUAUUUUCCAGGUCGAAGAUUAUGAGAAGUACCUAAUCCAGUUAAGCAAACUUACAAAGGUGAACCUUUUGAGGCAUGCCAAGCGUAGCGUAGUAAGAGAUUUCAGGAUACAACCGAAGGAUAAAGCUGGAGGAGAAGAAUGCGAAGGGGAUACUACUACAGCUGGUGCUGCAUCACCUGAGAGUGACCCUAAUGAGGGUGUGGAGGACAGUGCAGAUGCUCCUGCUGAAACAAAUGCUGAUGAAGACCUGCAGGCCAGUGCUCAAUGUGAUGAUGCCGUCAAAGAUUCUGAAUCUGAUGAAGAGGAGGAAAUAUUAACACGAAGGAAGAGAUCUAAGACAAAUCAAAUCGUCCAAGAUUCUGAAUCUGAUCAAGAAGCUGAAGGCGAAUGAAUUUUCUGUAGACAGCAAAAUACAAAGCAUAAAUUAUGGAUGCCGAGUGGAAAAAUAGAUCAAAAUUUGUAGAUAGUCUCGAAUUGCUUUUGUAGGUUAACAUGUUGAUUUUAGACGAUAUAUAUAGAUGUGACAGCAAUUGGUGUUGCAUUUUUCUCUUGGUUAAUUUUUUCUUGUGAAACAUGUAGGAUUGACAUCGUAUCAUAUUUCUUUUGGGACGAGACAUGAUCCUGUGUUGGCAAUCAAAUGAUUGAGAUUUAUCUCUCCUGUUGUAUAAAGCACAGACCGUAUACUUGUACAAUGUAGUGGUUACCUCUAUUUUUACACAA